UGAUUGAAGACAACGAGGAGAAAGAAGAAUUGAGUGAAGUUGAGGAUAAAAAUCAUCUUCACAUGAGAGUUCAUACUGGAGAAAAACCGUUCACUUGUGAUCAGUGCGGGAAGAGUUUCUCACGAUCAUCAACCCUUAAGAAUCACAUGAACAUUCACACUGGAGAGAAACUGUACACAUGUGAUCAGUGCGGGAAGAGUUUCACACAAAAAGGACACCUUACAGCACACAUGAGCGUUCAUACUAGAGAGAAACCGUUCUCUUGUGAUCAGUGCGGGAAGAGUUUCACACAAUCAUCAAGUCUUAAGAUACACAUGAAGAUCCACACUGGAGAGAAACCAUUCACUUGUGAUCAGUGCGGAAAAACAUUUUUGAGAGUUUCAUACCUGAAAACACACCUGAGAGUUCAUACAAAGGAGAAGCCACAUUCAUGUUAUUUGUGUGGAAAGAGUUUUUCAUUACUACACUAUUUGAAAAAACAUCAGAAAAUUCAUACUGGUGUGAGAGAGUACAUGUGCUUCGAGUGUGAGAAGACUUUUACUACAUCGGACUCUUUAAAACUGCAUGAGAGGAUUCACACUGGAGAGAAACCUUACAAGUGUUCACACUGUGACAAGAGAUUCAGUCGGUCAGGAGCUCUGAAAACACACGAGAGGAUCCACACUGGAGAGAAACCGUAUCAC